UGGCAAUCACAGCGCCACUGAUUUGAAGUUUCUGGUGGGGAUGAGAGAGAGCAUCUAUAAUCUAAUAUCUUUCGAACAACCCCCAAAAUCUGCACAACCAAGAUACAAAUCAUGUAGUCAAAGAGACGUCAUUUCCUUGUUCAAUGUAAAGAAGUAUCCCACUAGAACAAUGGGUGUUCCAAAAGUUCCUCCACCAGAUCCAGAGCAUUACCUAAAGAUGAGACAUUCAGCUUCCGAUGUGUGCCAAAAGCAAAAUUCAGAUGCAUUACCGGAGAAAAAAAGCUUCUACGACUGCUGUCUUCAAAAUAAAAAGGAACCUUUGCCAGCAGUGAAGCCUACAGAAGUAAAUUCGUUUUCUUGCAAGGACUUUAUAAAAUGUAAUAUGAAAAAUGUCGACAACGCCGUACCACCAAAGCCAAGAGCAUUUUUAGUUGAUACAAGAACAGGACACAAGUUUGAUGUAAAGUAUUCUGGCCUCCAACCAUUUUACGUGAAGCGUAAGAAUUAUGGUGAACUACCUAAAUAUCUUACUGAACGUGAGAAGGCUGCUUCUGAAGCCCAGAAAGACUAUGAGGAGUAUUUGAGACAGCUAAAAGAGAAAAAUUCUUUGCAGAAAAUCUCAGCAGAUGAGAAACAAGCUUUACUGGACCGCUUGAAAAGUAAAUGGCAACAAAGGUACAAGCAAUACCAAUCCUUAUCUGUCAUGAUUGACACUCCACCAAAAAUGCACCAUAAGCUGUGGUUAGAAAAGGAGAUGGAAGAUAUAGAAAAGGACAUAAAGCUCCUGGAGGGAUACGACUAUAUUUAUGUUGCUAAGCGAGGAAUCAACUAAGUUUUUUGGUGUAUCUGAACAAAAAAAAUAAUAUCUAAAGAAUCUGUGCAUAAAAACAUAGAAGUUUAUAUGAAAUUGUAUCCUUGAUAUAUAUAUAUAUAUA